AAGCGAGUGAGAGAAAGCGAGCGAGAGAAAGAGAAAGCGAGCGAGAGAAAAGCGAGCGAGAGAAAGAGAGCGAGAGAAAGCGAGAGAAAGCGAGAGAGAGAAAGCGAGAAAGCGAGCGAGAGAAAGCGAGAGAGAGAAAGAGAGCGAGAGAAAGAGAGCGAGAGAAAGCGAGAGAGAGAAAGCGAAGAAAGCGAGCGAGAGAAAGAGAGCGAGAGAAAGCGAGAGAAAGCGAGAGAGAGAAAGCGAGAGAGAGAAAGCGAGCGA